AUGGUGUUGGCUUUGGCUUUGCAUGCAGUUGGGCUUUUAGGCACUGCACUUUUAAAAGGUGUUGGUGUUGCAGCAGGUAAGCAUGCGUAUGAUAAAAUUGUCACAAAUAAAAAGAGUCGCCAGUAUGAUAAAGAGAUACAGCAGCAAUCAUCUUUAAAUUCAAGGGAUUCUUCGAAUUAUAUAUAUCGCGAUGCAUAUUGUGAUGGAUGUGGUAAAUCAAUAAGUGAUGGCAAUCGUUACUAUUGCCAAGAAUGUCCAAAUUUCGACCUCUGUGAAAACUGCAAUCAUUUACCAUACAUUGUCACACGAAAAGGGGUUCACUACAAAAAUCACAGAAUGCUAAAAAUAAUUCAAUCAGACAACAUAGCAUUUACCAGUCCAAGAAAUGAUUCGGCUUCUAAUUAUUCAUUUGCGUAUUGUGAUGUAUGUGGUUAUUCAAUUGUUGACAGUCGCUAUAAAUGUCUCCAAUGUCCAGAUUUUGAUCUCUGUCAGCGUUGUUAUUACUUACCACCAUUCUACGCAUCGAUAAAAGGUCAUACCACUUAUCAUAAUAUGAUAGAAAUGAUUCAAUAA